AUGCCGACUGCUGUGACCCCCGUCAUUGUCUCAGACAAUCCGCAAAUAUAUGAGGAUGCUCAUGUCCACGCCAUCUACGAGGAAAUUGCUCCCCAUUUUUCCUCUACUCGAUAUAAGCCUUGGCCCGUCAUCGCGCAAUUUCUUUCUUCUUUACCGACUGGAUGGAUAGGACUCGACUCAGGCACUGGCAAUGGCAAAUACCUACCCUUGCCUCUGGAACGUCCGGGAAGUGUGUGGACCAUCGGCCUUGACAGGAGUAGGAAUUUACUAGGGAUCGCCCGAAAUGCAGGUGGAGGAGAGGCAAGUAGGGAGGUGGUGUGGGGUGAUGUUCUUGGUCUGCCCUGGAGGCGCGGAGCAUUCGACUACGCCAUCUCGAUUGCGACGAUACAUCAUUUGUCAACCCAUGCACGACGAAAGGUGGCGGUCCAGCGCAUCAUUGAGAGCAUCUCACCAGUGCAUGGCCGUGCCCUGAUUUAUGUCUGGGCCAUAGAGCAAGACGAGCUUUCCAAACGAAGCAUUCCGUCUGAACAAUCCGACGAACUUAACGGUCAAUCCAAAGGUCAGGACGUGUUUGUCCCAUGGGUACUUUCCCAAAUGUCCUCGAAACCGAAGCCAUCGGCGAAGUCAUCGAGAACGAGGAGCAAUGGAUCCGGUAGUACAUAUCAGGAAGAAGAAGCGGUCUCACCUUCGCCAGAAGAUAAUACAACUGGGACCUCAGAGAAGCCGGCGGUGUUUAACCGUUACUAUCAUAUGUUUGCACAGGCGAACGAGCUCGGGCUAGUCAUUGGUAGCCCUCACGAACUGAGGGUCGAGUCGCCUGAUAGCAAACACAUCCGAAACAUGACGGGCAUCGAUAUUGUGCAGGACGGUUGGGAGAGGUCGAAUUACUACGUAGAAAUCCGAUGUUGGCGAAAAUAG